GAAUCUGCAGCGGCACGUGCGCAACAUCCACAACAAGGAGCGGCCGUUCAAGUGCGAGAUCUGCGAGCGCUGCUUCGGCCAGCAGACGAAUCUCGACCGGCACCUCAAGAAGCACGAAUCGGAUGCGGUCUCGCUGAGCGCCCUGAGUGGGGUCAGUGAGCGCAUGCAUUGCAUUCGUCGCUUCUGCGAGAAUCCCAAUGAGGAGUCCUACUUCGAGGAGAUACGCACGUUCAUGGGCAAGGUCACGCAGCAGCAACAGCAGCAGCAACAGCAGCAGCAGCAACAACAACAGCAGCAACAGCAGCAGCAGCCACAGUCACUGCCAAUGGCAACAUCACGCAGCUCCGCCUCGUCCAGUUGCUCCGCCUCGCACACGCCCACAUCCUCGCAUACGCCCACGCAGUCAGAGUCAGCGGAAACGCUGGCCCAGGAGCUGCGCCGGCUGCAGGCGGAGCGCGCCAAGUCGGGCGACGACAGCAGCGAGGAGCAACAGCAGCAAGAGCAGCAGCAGCAGGAGGAGCAACUGGCGCGACAGCAGGAGGCAGAGGCCGAGGAGUCCAAGUGCAUAUUGCAGCUGAAGAAGACGCUUGCCUCCAAACUAUUUCCCACAACAACAACAACGGCAGCAGCUGCAGAAGGAGCAACAACAGCAGAAGGCGCAGCAACAGAAACACCAACGAUCAAGGAAGAGCCCUGAAGGUCCCUCAGCCCCAGAUCGCAGCAAAUCCUGAAGCAGAUGACAACAAUUUCCUAUACGGUAGAAGCGAGCAGCGAAACAACUAAAAAAUUUGUUUAGCUGCAC